UAAACAGUUAAAAAUUCAGAAUGCUGCCACUGUUUUGCUUUUGGCAUAAAGCUUUCUCCAGAGACGCGUCUUUGCCCUCCUUGUUUCUUUGUGUUUCUUUUUCUAUUUCUCCUGUUACAGGUAAUGAAUAUAUCUCUGUAUCUCUGCAGCUUUGUUGUCGAUUGCUUUGUUAUGAAUUAAACUCCGUGAUCUGUGACGUCAACGCGCAGUGUCGUGGUUUCACUUCCUCCAGCCGCAGCCCGCCUGCCAGAGGUUCCGGGACUCUAAGGAAGGAGCCAGACUUUUUGUCCAAAGUUAAUGUUAUAUUAUUCUUCCUUAAUAAUUGGGGGCUUCGUCCGGUUCUGAAGUUUUGGCAGGCGGAUCGGCCUGUUUCGGCUCGACGGCUUGAUGCGAUCCUGGCAGGGGAAUUUGUGAAAUAUCAGACGACACAAGAACGUCCCGGCUCACCACCCGUUCCGGGAAUCGACUGGGUGCGCCUGAAAGUCAUCAAAAGAAAGUGGUCGGAACCUCGCUUCACCGGACCAUACCGAGUUGUGGAGAGAACAUCUCAUGCUGUCCGUCUGCAAGGGAAAGGAGACACCUGGUUUCAUUGGAGUCAGUGCACAGCAGCCGAGGAGCCACAGCGUGCGCUCCGAGACGUACAAGAAGAUCUUCAGCUUCAAUCUUCGGACGAGGAGCAUCGCCAGGCGCUUCCAGGAGGCAGUGUAGCAGGAAUUCCUGCCACAACCACUUCAAGUUCCUGAAAUUCAAAGUUUAAAAGGACUCGGACAGGCAUAAUAAUCCUGUUCCGAUGUCCUUCUAUUGAGGAAAAAGAAGAUUUUAUAUUCUCCUUAAAACUCACUGGUAUAUUGGCAUAAUAAUCCAAUUUUCAGUGAGCAACCGCCGCUCAGCUGGAAACCUGAGGUUUCUAGCCGAGAAGGAUCAGGCUACAAGAGGAUCAACAUUGAUUCAUUUUUAUUGCGUGUUUUCGUUUUUUGCGAACUCUGAAAAGAACUUUCGUUUCGUUUUUUUGCGCGUAACUUUUUAUCAUUUUCUGAUGAAGACUUCAUAUUUUGAUUUUGAAAGA